GGCUACUGUGCGCAUGCGCGUCAUAACUAGUUGCUUCCUGAAACCUUCAGCUGCAGGUAAGAAAGGUACUGCAGAGCUGAUGCCGCGACCUUGUGGACUCCGGGAGCCUGUCAGAAGCAAUCUGAUCAAUGAUGCCAAGGCCCGCUUGAGAAAGUUUGAUGUUGGGACCAGAUAUUCCCACUUGUCCUCUAAUAAAUACUCUAUCCUUCUGCCGUUGCUGGCCAGAGGAGGAAAGCUGUACUUGCUAUUCACGGUCCGUUCAGACAAGCUGAGAAGGCAACCUGGAGAAGUCUGCUUUCCUGGAGGAAAGAGGGACCCAGCGGACAUAGAUGACACAGCCACUGCUCUCCGUGAAGCCCAGGAGGAAGUGGGGCUGCAUCCCCACCAAGUGGAGGUCGUCUCUCACCUAGUGCCUUAUAUGAUUGAUAAUGAUGCGAUGGUAACCCCAGUAGUGGGUUUCCUAGAUCACAACUUCCAGGCCCGACCUAAUGCUGAUGAAGUGAAGCACGUGUUCCUCGCCCCUUUGGAUUAUUUCCUCCAUCCCCAAGUCUACUACCAGAAACACAGCAUGUACUUUGGCCACCCGAUCAUCAUGCACUGCUUCGAGUACGCAGACCCCGAGACUGGUGUGAAGUACCUAAUCACGGGGAUGACCUCAAAACUGGCUCUGUUGGCUGCCUUAAUUAUUUUGGGAAAAAGCCCUUCCUUCGAAGUUGAGUUUGAUCUACGUGACCUGACAUCAUAUUGUGAAAAGACAUUUCUCCGUAGAUAUUUUUCAAGCAAGUUGUGAAGACACCGGAACCCAAAAGAACAUCCAUGCAUUUUUUUUUUGUUUGUUUUGUUUUGUUUUGUUUUGCCUGAGCUUAUGCUCAGAACAACAGCGUUAGCAAGUGGCAUCUGACAGGUGUGAAUGCUUUCCUACAGUGUGACUGUGGAGGGCCUUGCCUGGCUUCCAGUUGCUGCUUUAGUCUUUCAAAACAGGAAAAAUGCACUGGCAGGGGAGUACAAUUUUACCCAUUAAAAAUGUCACUAUUUUAAGUCAUGUUAGGGGUAUCUGUCAUACUUAAUAAAUAUUUGU